AUGGCGGGAAACAAAGACUCGACAUCCAAGCCAGGCCCAGCAAGGCAAGAUGAUCGUCCCCCGCCCUCGUACGACAGCCUGUACCCUCCGAGGCCAGCUGCGAGGCCAGCUGCGCCGCCGAGCAGCGCAAACGCAUCCGUCGAAGACUUCGAACCGCGCAGUGACGGCUCGCCAAGGCGGACCUUGACUCCCCCACGGCCUCAGAGCACGCCUUUCAAGACCGCCGAGGCUGCUGCCGAGACCGCGAUGUACGGGACUGUUCGAGCCUUUCGACUCAGCGACAAGACUCUCGUCGCCGCCGACAUUGCCCACGCCAUCGCUGUUGCCGUCUCAACCUCGCGCUCUUACACGGCCUUUGUCGCUGCUACCACCGCGGCUGAAAACGCGGCACUCCUCCUUGCCCACAACCGUCACCGUUAUAUCCCCGAUGACCAGAUGGAUCAGCUCAUCAAUGACGCAAUCCGUCGCGCCGCCGAGCAUGCUGUGGCAGUCGAUGCUGGCAAUACGCCAACUGGUAGUUGGCCCUCGGACACACGUGAUGGUGCUUGA